UGCUAAAUCCCCAAAAUCAUUUCUAAUAGAUUCCAACACCCGUUGUUUUUGAACUUCGAACCUGUACAUCAAAAUACCAUCAACAAAUCGCCCGCAAUUUUUCAUACAUCCAUUUCUUUUUUUCUUUUCUGUGCAUAAAUUCCCACACUUGAGCUCGGCUUACAUCACACGCGCCGCCGGAGAAUCGAUUCCAAUUCUAAUUUCGCCGUAAUUUGUUAAUAACUUCAUCGGAGUUAUCGCAUCGAAAUGGUUAAAUCCGAAAACGGGAAGAAAAGGCGCGUAAAUCAAUGGAGUUGGAUUUUCUUAGUGGCCGCCAUUGUUCUUGUCAUUGCUGUUGUAUUCGUUCCGAGAGAUUCUUCUGUCACCUCCAUCGUUCAUCGCAUUAAAAGCUGUUACUGUUCUCAGGAAGGGCUUAAGUAUCAUGGACUUGUGGAGGAUUGUUGUUGUGAUUAUGAGACCGUGGAUCGCAUCAAUUUAGUGGUUUUACAUCCAUUGCUCGAACAGAUUGUCAAACAUCCAUUCUUCCGGUACUUCAAGGUUAAGCUGUGGUGUGACUGCCCUUUCUGGCCUGAUGACGGUAUGUGCCGUUUGAGAGAUUGCAGUGUCUGUGAAUGCCCUGAAAACGAGUUCCCUGAAACAUUUAGGAAGCCUUAUGGCAAUAUCCUCUCAUCGGAUAAUCUAGUUUGUCAAGAGGGAAAGCCACAGGCUACUGUCGACCGUACUAUAGAUGCUAAAUCUUUCAAAGGCUGGAUUGAAGUGGAUAAUCCAUGGACAAAUGAUGACGAGACCGAUCAGGCUGAAAUGACAUAUGUAAAUCUACAACUGAAUCCUGAACGCUAUACUGGAUAUACUGGUCCAUCUGCAAGAAGAAUAUGGGAUGCUAUUUACUUGGAAAAUUGCCAGAAAUAUCCAUCUGGAGAGUGCCAAGAGAAAAGAAUACUGUACAAGUUGAUUUCUGGUCUUCACUCCUCCAUCUCAAUUCACAUCGGUGCUGAGUACCUCCUUGAUGAAAAAAUAAACAUGUGGGGACAAAAUCAAUCACUGAUGUACGAUCGGGUAUUGAAACAUCCAGAUCGUGUCAGAAACUUAUACUUCGCUUUCCUUUUUGUCCUUCGAUCAGUGACAAAAGCUGCAGAUUACUUGGAGGAAGCUGACUAUGACACUGGUAAUCCUUUGGAGGACCUGAAUACGCAGCUUAUGAUGAAAAAGCUGCUUUACGAUCACAAGCUACAAGCUGCUUGUCCGAAACCAUUCGAUGAAGCUAAACUAUGGAAAGGCCAAAGUGAACCAGAAUUGAUGAAGCAGAUACAGAGCCAAUUCAAGAACAUAAGUGCCAUAAUGGAUUGUGUGGGAUGUGAAAAGUGUCGUCUAUGGGGAAAGCUUCAGAUUCUUGGUCUCGGCACUGCAUUAAAAAUUUUAUUCUCCGUCAAUGGUGAUGAACUACCGGCUCAGCGUCUGCAACUGCAAAGAAAUGAAGUGAUUGCUUUGAUAAAUCUGCUCCACCGGCUUUCUGAAUCUGUUAAGAUGGUCCAUGAAAUGGGGCCUUCUAUCGAUAGAAUCUUCGGGAAGAUAAUUGGUGGACCGAGCGAUCAAAUCACUCAUCAGAUUUGAUAGGUUCUUGAUUUUAUUACAGGGGAAGAUUGGAAGUAGAUUUUCAUUACCUUAACUAUGUUUGGUAGAAGAACUAGGAUUAUUCACAUAAAUGACACACUUAUUUCCCACGAAGGGCGUUUCAAAAUGUUGUAAAAAUUGAAUUCUACAAUAAAAUGUUAGUAAAAUUAGUUAGAUAAACAUACACUCUCGUAUAAAUAUCGUAUAAUAGCUUGUAAAGCAUGCGAGAGACGUAAUUCACACUAGGCUAACUAUGUGUGAUAAACUCGACACAUCGACCGUUGGUCAAAUGGUUAGAACCUUGGUCAAUUGAUACAAGUUAACUUGCUCCAA